UUUCUCUUUUGGGAUUGGGGAAGGGGCCAGCUCUGCUCUCAUCAAUGGGAUGGCCAAGGAAGGAGGAGGUCACGCUCAGUUCAUCACAGGGACUGACAGGAUGCAACCAAAAGUGAUGCAGUCGCUGCGAUUUGCUCUGCAGCCAGCUGUGGUCGACAUCUCAGUCACAUGGGAUUUACCAAAGGAAGUGUCUGUCACUGUCCUCUCUCCACUAAUCACAACACUUUUCCAGGGUCAGAGGUCACUGAUUUAUGCCCAGCUCACCAGGACAGCUGAGCUGGUGAGUCCAAUCACUGCUCCUCAGAUGGUCGUCAUUAACUUGAGGAACCGUGAACUGAGCAGCAGCCAACUGGACUCCAUGUCCCACCUGGUCCUCACUCUUUACCAUAACCUGGUGACGGGGUCCAAGGACUUUCCUUACAUACCUUUUAAAGGAUUGUUCCAUCGGGACCAGGUGACGACACCAUUUGUCCAUGUGAGGCAGAGCCAGAGAGAGAACACCACUCCUUCUCCUCCUACGGACUCACCAGCUGGCAUGAUGCUGCCGCCUGCGGGCUCCAGCUCUCAUCCACGCUUCCUGACUCCAGUUCUUCCAGAGAAAGCGGAUCUUGCUGUGCUGAAGGCAGAUCGGAGGAACCGUGUCGGCACCUUGACUGUCGACGGCCUCCUCGUCACCAGAGUCAUCUCCACUGUUUACCGAACAGAGGACACUGAGAUGACGAACCGCUGGAGAAUAACAGACUACAGCGCGGACGGCAGAGUUCUCACUUCGGUGCUCUGCCGUUUUCUAAAUAUGUCGGCAAAGCGUGCUAAGAGGAAGGCUCCGGAGGAAGAGAGCAGCAUCCGGAGCCCGAGUCCAGCAAGGAAGCGCUUGAGAUUAUAAUAUACAGUGAAGCAUGUCGAACGUCAGCAAGCCUGAACAAAGUGUCAGGAAAAAGAGUCACGCUGCGAAGAAACUCCACACAGAAGAUUUUCCCUCAGUAAAAUGACAACUGAGGGUCUUCAGAGCAGCGUGAACGGCCGUCACCUGAGAGAAAACAGUCCUGGCGCCUUUGUGGUUCCCUCCAGACUGACCUGUCCAGGUUGUACUCCUGCCUCUGGCCCCAUAACAGCUGGGAUGGCUCCAAUCUUGAAUUGGAUAAGCUGAAGAAAUGGAUGGAAGGAUGAUCCAAAGAGAAA